GCCGCUGCCGCCGCCGCCGCCGGGGAAUAAUCUGGGCGGCAGCGGGCGGCCCCAGCUAGCAGCCACGAGCCACUUCUGCGGCUGCCGAGAAGAGCGAAGGUCGCCGGUCUCGUGGCGUCCCCCUCUCUGCCCCCCAGGAGGGGCGAGAGGGAGAGGAGGCUGAUGUCAGGUACGGCUGGCGGAGGCGCCCUUAGGCUGCGGGUCCAAGGUCUCUGUUCCCCUCGCCCUCCCCCUCUCGGAGUGUGCGUGUGGGGGGAGCGUGGAGGGUGAACCCAGCCCCCAGCGCCACCAAACAGGUGUCUCGGAGUCGCCGCCGGGGCUGGGCAAGUGCGGGCUCCGGAGGGAGGCACGGGGCACUUCCUGCUCCCCGCGCCUCUGCGAACUGCCAUUGGGGCCGCCUGCCCUCCGGGCCGCUAUUUUGUUGACAAGUAGCCUCCUCUGGGUCGUGGAUUCUUCCUUUUUGCCCUCUCGCUCGCCUCGUUUCCUCGCGCGCUGCCUGCCGUCGGGUGGCGACGGUGAGGCGCCGACUGCGCUGGAGGAUCGCGCGGCUGGACCAUUUAGCGGUCCUGCCCCGCGGGUCCCGCCCCGCCCCCGCGGACCGGCGGGCACUCAGGUGUGGGCACCUUCCGUGAAAGCCGCCGGGCAGCCUCACCGCCCCAGCGCCCAGCGAGCCGGCGCCUUCCGCAGGUGCCGGGGGACUUCCUCGGGGCUCUCUUGGAUCAUCAGGAGAUUUAUUUUUUGCAGUUAAAUUAGGGGCAGAUACCCCUCAUCAAACCCCGUAGUCAGUGGUAAAGAUGAUUCCAGCCUGGGCUUCAGUCUCGUGAAGAAAUACAUUUUCGGGAAAUGGCCUCUAAAUCUUGGCUGAAUUUUUUAACCUUCCUCUGUGGAUCAGCAGUCGGAUUUGUUUUAUGUUCUCAGCUACUUAGUAUUUUGUUGGGUGAACAGAGUGACAUCCAGCCUAAUAUUCUUCACAAUGAUCCUCAUGCUAGGCAUUCAGAUGAUAAUGGACAGAAUCAUCUGGAAGGACAGAUAAACUUUGGUGCAGAUGCUAGCCAACAUAAAGAUGAGAACACAGACAUCGCUGAAAACCUCUAUCAGAAGGUUAAAAUUCUUUGCUGGGUAAUGACAGGGCCUCAAAAUCUAGAGAAAAAGGCCAAACAUGUCAAAGCUACAUGGGCCCAGCGUUGUAACAAGGUGUUGUUUAUGAGUUCAGAAGAAAAUAAAGACUUCCCUGCUGUGGGAUUAAACACCAGAGAAGGCAGAGACCAACUGUACUGGAAAACAAUUAAAGCUUUUCAGUAUGUUCAUGAUCAUUAUUUAGAAGAUGCCGAUUGGUUUUUGAAAGCAGAUGAUGAUACGUAUGUUAUACUAGAUAACUUGAGAUGGCUUCUUUCAAAAUACAACCCUGAAGAACCCAUUUACUUUGGGAGAAGAUUUAAGCCCUAUGUAAAGCAGGGCUACAUGAGCGGAGGUGCAGGGUAUGUACUGAGUAAAGAAGCCUUGAAGAGAUUUGUUGAUGGAUUUAAAACAGACAGAUGUACACAUAGUUCCUCCAUCGAAGAUUUAGCUCUGGGGAGAUGCAUGGAAAUUGUAAAUGUAGAAGCGGGAGAUUCCAGAGACACCACUGGAAAAGAAACUUUUCAUCCCUUUGUACCAGAACACCACUUAAUCAAGGGGUAUCUGCCUAGAACCUUUUGGUACUGGAAUUAUAACUAUUAUCCUCCUGUAGAGGGUCCUGGUUGCUGUUCUGAUCUUGCAGUUUCUUUUCACUAUGUUGAUCCUACAACUAUGUAUGAGUUAGAAUACCUCGUUUAUCAUCUUCGUCCAUAUGGUUAUUUAUACAGAUAUCAACCUGCCUUACCUGAAAAGAUGCUAAAGGAAAUAAGUCAAGUAUACAAAAAUGAAGAUCCAAAAGUAAAUUGAGAACUCUUGAAAGAAAAACAUAACAGGUGUAAAAUGUCUAGCACUGCACUGAAGAACUUCUCCAUUUCUGAUGUAGAACACUGGAAUCCCAGUGAGGAAUUCUAAGUGAGCAUUCCAUAUUAGAAAUAUUUCAUAUGAAUGACUGUAAACUGAAGCUUUAAAUGAGCUGUGAAUCUGUUAAAAUGUGUUUUGAUACAGAUAGAUAUAUAUAUAUAUAUGAAAAACUUGUGUUUUUAAAAUGUGGCCAGGCAAGAGUUCCCUGGUGGCUCAGUAGGUUAAAGAUCAAGCAUUGUCGCUGUUGUGACAUGGGUUUGAUCCCUGGCACAGGAACUUCCACUUGCCUUGGACAUGGCCAAAAUAAAAUAAAUAAAUAGAAUAAAAUAAACUCUGGCCAGGCAGAGGGACUAGAAAAAGAGGUUCUGUUGCCUGGUUCCUGACCACAUAAAUUAUUUUCACUGAGGAACUGUUAAAUUUACUAAAACUACACUGCACUAUGUUAGUAAUCCACACACAAUGCUAAAUAGAUCUGCCUUAAAAAAAUUUAGAAGGAAACAUUGUUGCCCAGUGUUGUUUGGAAACUCAAAAUUUAUAUUUGCAGUAUGAUAUAAAUUGAAGCAAACUCUCCCCCCAACCCAUACACAUGCAGGUUGUUUUUUUUUUUCUUUGUUUUUUGCUUUUUUAGGGCCACGCAUGCAACAUAUGGAAGUUCCCAGGCUAGGGGUUGAAUAGGAGCUGCAGCUGCCAGCCUACACCGCAGUCACAGCAAUGCCAGAUCCUAACUAUGUCUAUGACCUACACCCCAGCUCACAGCAACCCUGGAUCCUUAACCUACUGAGCGAGGCCAGGGAUCCAACCCCCAUCCUCAUAGAUCCUAGUCAGGUUCGUUAUUGCUGAGCCACGAUGGGGACUCCAUACACAUGCAGUUUUGUCUAAUGAAAAUUUUGCUGUGACUGUUUAUAAUUGGCAGUAUUUCUUCCAGAAGAAGGUAGAAUAAGAAUCGCACUUAUCCUAAAGUGCAUUAAUAAAACCACAUUUUGAAAUUAUCAUUGGCCUUGACUGUAUUAUGUACUUAGUUCUAAUUAAUAGUUAAUCUUUUUCGAAGUCCCUGUUGUCUCUUUUCUAAACAUUUAACCAUUCUUGAAUGCCAUUCUCAACUAUUAAUAUUUAUUUACUGAAAGCAUUAAUAGCAUUCUAUAAACAUGCAUUUUUAAAUAUUUUAUUCCUAAGCUUACCCAUUGUUAAUUAUGGGUAACUAAUAAAUAGUAAAUGUAAUGCUAUUUGGGGAUGCUUUUCUUACAUUAGUACCACUCUCAGGAAUCACUAAGUGACAUUUUUAAUUGAUUAUUUAAAAUUCUUUCCAAUUAUGUAAUUAUAGUUCCUUUCAUUCUCAUCCCAUAGAGAGAUGAGAACUUGUUUGUGCCUUUCAUAACUUGUGUAAAGCAGAGUUUUGAAAUUCAUUUUCAGGAUCUGAGGUGGCUAUUAGUUAUGCUGGCAAAAUAAUUUGCGAGAUUUUGACCAGAGUUAAUUAAAAGCAUUAAAAAAUGCAGACUGCUUAAAUAAACUGAAAUAUGUCAACUAUUAAAAGACAGAAUACUUAAUUUAAGAACAACAGCCUGAAUUUUGAUGCUGACUUAUUUGGGGAUGAUUGUUUUGCCAGUGGACAGUUGUAACGGAGCAGAAUACCCAUUCAAGACUCAUCAAAAACACAUUCAUGAAUGUUCUCAUUUUAGUGACCCUCUAUUUAAAGAAUUUCUAGAAGGAAAGAAAAUUUAAAAUUUUUGUUGUCUUUAGCAAUAUCACCUGAGUGUAUCAUAAUAGAAUACAGACUUUCUAUAAGAUUAUUUUAAAUGUUACAAAUAAUUUACAUUCCUCUCAUGUGUUAUCCUGAUGUUCAUUUUCUGUGGUUGUCAUGCCAUUGAAUCUGCUGCUUAUUAGCUAAAUAGUUUGUUUUAUUGUGCCAAAACAUGUCAAAACCAUGACCUCUUUGGAUGUUUUAUUUGAAAGGAUGUUCAUCCUAGUGGCUGAUUAUGGAUUCCUCUGUCUACGUAGUGAAAACUGACACCCAUUUUUACCUAUUGUUUUUUGUUACUUUCAUGGUGAUAUCAUCUGCCAAAGUUUCAAGGCAUUCAUUUGAUUCUUUGAACAACUCUUUACCUUGGUAUGGAUGUGAAUUUAUUUGCAGUCCAUAUAUGCUACUUUUCUGUACUAAAAGUAUAAAUGGUUUACCAUGACAUCCAAAAACUUAAAAUUGCCUCAAAGGAGGUCACCAUGGUGAUGAAUCCUGGGGUCUGGAGUCAGACUGCCUGGUUUAAAUUCUUGCUCCAUCACUAGUUUUGAAAGCUUGAGCAAUUUACCUAAUCUCUGUGCCUCAAUUUCAUCAUCUGUAAAUUAGGGACAGUAAUACCACCUACCUCACGGGACUGUUAAGAGGAUUAAAUGAGUGAAUAUGUGUAUGACUUUUAAGAACACUGACCCAGAGUAUGGAGUACUAAGUGUAGAAGUUUUCUUGUUAUUCUUUAUCUUGGAGUGUAGAUAUUUGUUUUAAAUGAAUGAAAAAUAUGCUUUAAUCAAAUCAGAUAUUAAAGGAAAUAUUUCAUAUAUUUCUUCUAAUAAUUAAUAGCUAGUUUUUCUUUGACACCUACUGUGUACCAGGUGGUGUGCUUAGAUACUCUGUAUACAUUAGUGUUUAUCCUCACAAAUUAGGUGUUAUUCCCAUAUUAUAGAUGAGAAAAUUGAGGCUCAGAGAACUAAAGUCAUUUUCCACUGUCACAGAGCUAGUAAGUAACGGAGCUAAGAUUUAUUAUACUCCAAGCCUAUGUAUUUUUGGUACUAUGUCAGCAUUGAUGUUAGUCAUUUAGCAUUAUUUCCAUUUUUAUUUAAUGACAUGUGACAUCUAAUACAUUGGCCAGUAAUAAUCAAAUUAGCCAGCUAAAUUGUCCUUGUGGUUCUUACACUCUUGCCUGGGAGCUUGUUAAAAUGGAGAUUUCAAGACCUCAAUCCCAGAAAUUCUGAUUCUGUCAUGGGAUCCAGGAGUAUGCUUUCUUGGCAAUGGUUCUCAAAGUGUAGUCCCAACCAGCAGCAUCAGCAUCACCUGGGAUCUGUUGGUCCUCUCCUAGGCUUCACCCCAGACCUACCAAAUCUGAAACUCAGAUGGUGUAGAGGCUAGUGAUUAUGUUUAAACAAGGCUUCCAGGUGAGUCUUAUUCAGCCUUCCUCUAAAACCGGGUAAUUCUGGUGCAAAUAAUCUUUGGAACACCCCCCAGGAUUACUUGCCCUUAAGAUUGUCUGUCAAAGAUUUACGUAAUGCAUGUUUUAAAUCACUGUAGUCCAGGAUCACACUAUAUAUUAAAUGUAAAAGCCUAAAGAUAAUUUAAAGGGUCAGUGGAUCAUUCCAUCUUGGCAAAAUCAGAGUGACAGUAAAUUAUAAAGUUUAGUGAUUUCAUGUUGGGGCAGGAAAGGUUAAGUAAGUACAUAUUGAUUUCACUAAAAGCAUACCUAAAUGAAUGUCAUCAAAAAUGUCCACAAUUUUUAGGAAAAAAAAUUUAAAAAGAGGUAGCACAGUAUUGUUUUAUAAUGUUCAGAGUGUUUUUCUGCUAAUUCAUACUAUCAGAAUUUUACUAGUUGCAGGAAUCAGUUGAUUGUCCUAUAUGACCUAACAAAAAAACACUCCAAGUAUUUGAUAGAGCACAUAAAACCAGGUUUCAUGAUGAUAAUGACUACCUGUCUUUUAAAUUCAGAUUUUUGUCAUCUGGGUAAAUGAUUUUUGUGUUGUCUUAAAACAUAAGGCUUUUGCUCUCUUAUAUUCUCCAAUAUCAGUAUACUUAUAUUUUCAAGUGGAAAGUUGAUAGAUGAUACAAAGCAGAUUUUUGUCCCAGAGUUCAAUUAUUUGGUUUCAAGUAUCUUAAACUUCAGAAGAGUUUUUGUUACUGUAAGAAGAUUCAAAAAUAAAUCACUAACCAGUUUUUAGUAUUUUAAAAAACAUGGUAAUUGGAUCUGAGCAUUAAAUUUGCCAACUGGUUAUUUUCAUAAUUGUUUGAGUAUUAAUUUUUCACUUCCUUGAGCUUGUUACGCUAUAUACCAGAUUGAAGCUUGAAAAAAAAAAAAAUCCCAUGUUUGAUUGAUUAGAUCAAGUCAACCCUUUUGAUUUUCAUUUCUCUGGAGAAUUCUUUGACAAUUUCUGCUUCUUUGUAUUUAUUGCCCAUCCUUCUUUCCUUAAUAACUAACAUCCAUUCUCUGUUUUUAAUGCUGCCUUCACAAAGUUAAUUUGGCUGUUGGUAGUGACUAGAGUUUGUAUGUGUCGCUUACAUAAUUUUAUACCUAUUAACUUUAGAUUUCCCUGUGAGAUUGGAAGUAAAAAUCUAAGAAUAAUGCUUGCUGGCUCUCAGGAUACUUGACCUACUUAAAAGUCUACAAUUUUAGGGAGUUCCCGUCAUAGCUCAGUGGUUAAUGAACCUGACUAGUAUCCAUAAGGAUGUGGGUUCAAUUCCUAGUCUUGCUCAGUAGAUGAAGAAUCCAGCAUUGCCUUGAGCUGUGGUGUAGGUUGCAGGUGUGGCUCAGAUCUGGCAUUGCUGUGUUUGUGGCGUAGGCCAGCAGCUACAGCUCUGAUUUGGCCCCUAGCCUGGGAACUUCCAUAUGCUGUGGAUGUGGCCCUAAGUAGACAAAAGACAAAAAAAAAAAAAAAAAAAAAAAGUUUGCAAUUUUAAACUAAUCCUAGAUAUACAAUUAUUAAAUGAAGUAAAGUUAUCUGGAUUCUACCACUCCCCCACUUCCCCUUUUCUCAAAAGGUCUCAUUUGCCUCAUUUUUCUACUUAUUUGUAGUAGGCCUGGCAGAAGCAUACUUAAGAAAUCAUGGGGUGGGGUGUAGCAGGUGAAGAGAAGUUCCCUUGUGGUAUAGUGGGUUAAGGAUCCAGUGUUGCCACAGCAGUGGUGUAGGUCGUGACUGUUGCAUGGAUUUGAUCUCUGGCCCGAGAAUUUCCACAUGCCAUAGGUAUGCCCAAAAGAAGAAAGGAAAAAAAAGAAAAGAAAUCUGGAGGCCAACAUGUGGUUUAUUUUGUGCUAAAUGUGCUCUUAUUGAUUUUUAAAAAUGACAUGUUUAUAUAUAUUGGAGUUGAAAUUUUAAUACAGAUUAAAAUAAACUUUAUAAAUUAUCUUUUGAGAAACCAACUCUAAAACUAGUUUCAGAGUUGAAUAGAGUUGAACUCCUUUACCUCUCUGGUUUUUAGUUUAUAUCAGUUAAAUUUAAAUAACUUUUCAGGGCCCUGCAAAUUAAUAAUUCAUGUAAAGUAUAUUAUUAAAGGGAAACUAAUCUUACUGCUAAGCAGUGUGUUAUAUUACCCAGCAAAUGUUUGUGUUUUGGAAUUUUAAAAAUUAAUGUAAGGUAAAAUAGUAUCGUAAAUGGUUUAAAAAUGUUUGGUGACUUGCUUAUUUUAAGUGAUCACCAAUAAGUCAGAAAAAUGUAUUUUUAAAUAUGUUUUUUAAAGUGCCUUUUGAACAUUUUUAAACAAUGGAUUUAAACAACUGCAUAAAAUAAAUUACCAUGUUUAAA